AUGGAUGUUAAAAAUUUACCCAAACGUCUUGCGGAAUACUUUGUUAUCUGUGGUCUACCCAAAGAACCUAGUACCUAUGAUGUUUCGAAGAUUGUCAGUCUCAAUGAAAAGGAGGAAAUACCUGAGGGAUACACACGCAUCAAGUCCACACUUUCUGGUAAACACAAGGCCAACAUAUUACUGAACUUUGGGGAAGAGGCGUGUAUAUGUUACAGAAGGGGACGCGACCAACCACAUAUAAGGGACAUCGAUACAUUGGGGGAGAAACAAUUUCCUAAAACUAACGCAGUAGUCUUGUCAAAAACGAUUGGAGGUCGGGAUGCCAGCUUGCCUAGUUCAUUAACAAAUCGUCUAUUCCUGUCAUAUCUACGAAGUACUCCAGAGAGCAGUAUUGAUUCUCUUGCUGUAACUGAUUUAUGCAUUAUAAUUCCCGGCAAACAAGAAAGCUGUCCUCCAGCUUAUCGACAAGUCACAGAACCUAUUUGCUUAAGCUCAUUCAGACUAAAAGCAUAUAUAUGCUAUCGAAAAUCACUUGUAAAGCAAUUCAUAAUCUCCUAUGAACCUGAAGUACUAUACUGGUAUCGAGUUCCAAACACAGCUGAUUAUGAUUUCACAAAUCUGGAUAAACAACUCGAUGAAACUUCAAACUCUUGUUUGCCUACCUUCAAUAAAUCUGACCAAUGUGAUAAGGUUAAUCAAGAAGCUGUAAUAACCGGCGAGGAUGCAGUUCAUUCAGAUUCAUCCCCAGAAAAUGCACCAGCGACAACACAAUUUCCAAUGGCUCCACUAGAUCCAGAUAUAUUUCAAGUGGCAAACUUUUGUCUCCCAUGGGGUGCAUCUAUUGAAUCAUGGUCUGUUCAUCAAGAUCCACCAGAAGUGAAUUCUUUCACGUUUAUGCUUACGAAUGAGUCCUACGAACAGCUUUAUGGUGUUGCGCUUACAUUUUAUGAACCGUAUGAUAUAAGGCAAUUGAAUCUUCAUAAAUGUUACUGUUUAGGUGUAGAUCCAGAAUUAAUACCUUCUGAGUCUAAUAAAAAUUUAAUAAAUCAUGACUAUGAUCCAAUUGAAGAGGAUAUAAUUGCUAAACGUCAACGUCAUUUUAUGUCAUCACGUGUUGGUGAUCGUGUGAUCGGUGUAACAAAAACACUUUGUUUACUAUCUCGUUGGUCAUUUACCCUACCAUUCUCUAAUUUCUUGGGAUUUUUAUAUAGUCGAUGUUUAUUGCCAAAAGAACUAAAUUACAUACCAUUUGAAAGAUAUUUGGGUCAUUUUCUGUUUGAAAUUCCUUUUCCUGAUCGUGCAAUUCCUAGUAUAUCGGUUGAUCUUUGUGCUGCUCCUGUUCUUCUUCAGCGUCCAGAUGAUACUAAUGCAUCUUCUUCAAGUUGUGAAUCAUUCUUCCGUCUUUUGGACAAUUUAAGCGUGGAUCUAAUUAUUCAAUUGUUUGUUCAAUUGCUUACUGAACAGAAAAUUCUUAUGUCAUCUGUACGACAUUCCGUGUUGAGUGAUAUUGGUGAAGCUUUGACAUGUAUGAUCUUCCCUUUAAAAUGGACUGUUGUCUACAUUCCUUACAUAUAUAUGGGCUGCAUCCAUGUGAUUCAGUCACCUUCACCUUAUUUAAUUGGAAUGGAUUCCCGAUUUUUUGAUUUUUUCACCUACCACCUAAUGGUGGUGACUUUGGAUCCCAAAGUUUUGCCUAAAAAACCAUUGAAACAAUUGAAAGUCAAAUUAACUGAAUUAAAAAAGAAGAUAAUUCAUAUGAAGAAUGUUUCACGUCAAUUAACCAAAGGACAAACACCAAGAAACAUGAUGCUUGACUGUAUGUUUUCAACAUCGAAUUCAGAAUUAGCCCAAGAAGAACUGGUUAAAGUUCGUAAACGUACCCAAAUUGGUUCACACAUUAAAGAAGCAUUUUUGGAAUUUAUGGUGCAUUUGCUGAAAGACUAUCGGUCAUGUCUUGUAUCAGUACGUAAUGUUCAAGGGGAUGUUUUAUUCAAAGUCGAUGAAUUCUUAAGAGAAUAUGCUGAUAAACCGACAAUACCUUUUUAUCGUGCUUUAUUUGAAACUCAACAAUGGACUAAUUUUGUACGGGAUCGAAGUUAUGCCUCACCACGUGAUGAAGAGUUAGAUUACUUUGAUAAUCGUAUUGAAUUAUUGCAAGAAAAUGAAUCAAAACCACGUCAUCAUCGUCACCAUCGUUCUCAUAAUAGUUUAACUCUAUCAUCUAUGAGCAAUUUAUUCGCAAUUAGUAAUCGACCAUCAACAUCAUCAUUUCAUGAACAGUUGACGAAUACAACUGUCGGUAGUAACCAAUGUCACAUUGUUGGUGUUAGUGAUAAUACUAGUAACCAUUCUGGUGGUAAAUCGAUGUCAAGUAAUGCUUCAUUACGAGAUCAAUCAGAUGAAUCAAUUGAUUCACAAUUUUCAAGUGAUUUAGUGUUGCCUAGCACUCAAUGUACAAUUGUUAUAGGUCCUCCAUGUUGGCCAAUUCCAGAAUUCUUCGACAAAUCUCAACAAGAUCAAAGUUUAUGGACAACUGAAUAUUCAUUUGGUGUUAUCCCAAUAAAAAUCAACUCCAAGCUAUUGAAUUUAUUAGCUUCUAGAGCUCUACUCCUGACUGUUACAUCAUCAGAAAAUCUUAUCUCUACAAUAUAUCAGUCUCACAAUGAUUUCAGUAAACAGACUAUCAUGGCGACUGUAAUGUCACCAAAAUUAGGAAGUGAAGGUUUAGGAAAUGUUAUCCUGCAUAAAAAAUCACUUAUAGAUGCUCCACCUGGUACUACUACUACUACUACUACUACUACUACUACUACUACUACUACUACCAUCGCUGCCGAUACUGAUAUGCUUUCGUCAUCCCACUUAAUAAAUAUCAAUAAUUGUAAAUUGUCAAUUAACAAUAAUACUUCAGAUCAUGCUGAUUCUCAGAUAACGACAAUGAUGACAAUGCUGCAGAUAAAUAAUACUCAUCGAUUUGGUUCAUUAAUGCUUGCUGAUAGUCCAUCUCCCUUAUUAAUACGUGCAAAUCGUUCAGAUAAGAAUACAUGUUUAAUUGGCUUGAGUACAGAGUAUUCUCUACCAGGGAAUAAUGUGACAAUUCUAAAACGUUCAUCACAAGAACUACGCAAUACAGCAAAUUAUUGUAUGGAUAUUUCACAAAACGAUGAUUGUUCUAUGCCAAAGUAUUUAGCUGCAACCGCGUAUUCGAUUUGGUUCAUGUUACUCCCAGCCUACUUGGCUUCUGUGCAUACAUACUAUAUAAAUGAAUUUGGCAAUGUUAGUCCUCCUAACGAUGAUAGUGGUGAACGUAAUACUGUUGAAAGUGUGACCACUCAUCCUUCAGGACAACAUUCAACAAACACAACACAUCAACUGUCAUCAACUCCAUCCAAUGUUUAUGCAAUGAAUGUGGUUAAACAAAUUAUAGCUCAAUCAGUUGGUGUAUUCAAUCGCAUGCAGUAUUACGGAUUGGAAGUAUCUGAUCAGGUUGCUUUACGAAUACUAUUAGUUCUAUUAUAUCAAAAUCGUUUGGAGAAUUUCGACUUGAUGCAAUUUAUUGAUUCGAUAAAGUGGAAUCUUUUUUCAACUGGAAUUGCAAAUCAUAUUUAUAGGGCAUAUGAAAAAGAACUAAAGGAACAAGAAAGAUUACAUAAAGAACGCUUGAAAUCUACUACUGGCCAUCACAAUUGUUAUGAACAACAAAAAGAACAUGAAUAUCAACAACUUCAUCCUACCUAUGGUUGUUCAGCGUCUGUUGUAGACUGUAUCACCAAUACUGAGUUGCAUAAUUCAUUGAAGGAGUUAAAUUCAUCUUCUGAUGUCAUCAAUGACAAGAAUGCAGAUUAUAAUUUAAAUCAUAUCAACAAGCUGAAACUUCACUCCAACAUAAUUUAUUCUGAUGAGAAAUCUAAUUUAACCACUACUACUUCUGCUCCUGGUAUUAAUACGGGCAAUGGAUUACAAAAUCUUAUCACUUCAUGUAGUGUAGAGGAUACUGCAAACAAAAACAAUGAUCAUAGCAGCAGUCGUAACAGCAAUACUAAUGAUAGUGGUGGUGGAACUGAUGACUCAUAUUCUUCAUCUAAUGAUGAAGAUUCUGAUGAACAGUCAGAAGACGAUCAUAACUAUCCUCAUAACGGACAUAACUUAUUAUUGUCUACUCUGUCAAUAAUUAAACGUCCUUUUUUAAAUUACCAUCAUCAUCAUCAUCAUCAAAAUCCUCAUUCUUUUUCAUCAACUCAUACUGUGCCUCCACUUCAAAAUAGUCCUAGUAAUCGUCCUUACUAUUCUCAUCAUAACAGUAUUGACAUGACUAACAAUAAACAUUUACUGUUACAAAAAUCCUCCGGUAAGUCAUUUGAUUCUUCCGAUAUGACUGACAAUCAAGCAAAUCAUCUGUUGAUGAACACUCCUAAUAUUGAUAAUGUACCGUUAACGCCAACCGUUCAUAUGGGCAGUAACAAUCAAGAUGAAAUUAUAUCACAAGAAGAUGGAAAUAUACAGUCUAAAAGCUCAACGGUUCAAAAUGCAUUGGAUUUCCUUAAUAAGUCCACAUCAGAUUUCAUAAAUCUUAUCAAUGUGAAUCGACCACUGUUAGGUUGGCGUUCAUUUCUUCCAAGUCUUUCAACAAAUCCAACUCCACAACAAGGAAGGCGUGCUACCAAUACAAGUUGUUUCAUAGGUCCACCAGAUGUGACAGGUUUUCAUCCUCAUGAAGACUAUUACGAACAACAACAGUAUCAUAAUUUUCAUUAUUACCAACAACAGUAUCAACCACAAAGUGAACUUAUCCCUCGUGUAUCAUGGUCUAAACUUGGCAACAAUUCAGCUUUCAAUGUUCCAUCUAAUGAGCAUGUUUCAUCGACUACUAGUCAUAAAAUAUCAAACUCUCCGUAUUUUAUGAAUACAACCAAUGGAGGUCAGUUCAGUGUAAAUUAUCAAGAUUAUUAUACCCGAGGUUACGGUUAUCCGCAUACUAAUCAAUCUUCAUCGGUGAAUGAUAUUUCAUCUGAAGGUGUUCAGUUAAAUGAUGAUCGUGGACAUAAUCAUCCAGCUGAUCCUGUGAGUGAACUAAAGUCCCUGAAAGAUAUGUGGGUCAAGAUUGCUGGCCCCUUGCUUGUUGGCGAUCCUAAGCGUCGUAUGUCACCAGCCAACAUGCGUACAAUACUCUUACAACAACAACAAUAUACAUUCAACGGUGUCCUGUCACCACUAUCAGCAGCAGUAUCAACGUCAUCAGUAGCAGUGGAUGAAAAUGUUUUGUCUCAGAUGCCAAGUGUUACUCAUCUUGGAUUAUCAGGUGGAGGUACUGCGUGUAGUAGUAGUGGUAUUAACUAUCCCUCUUCACUAGGUUCAACAUCACCUAGUGUAAUACAAUUGUAUAAAUCCCCUGAUUCCUGUGUUUACGACACAUCAGCUACAUUGACAACGAUAACAGCUCCGGAUUGUAUUGAUGAAACAAAUUUAAACUCAGGUGGUCAAUCAUCAAUUAUCAAUGCUUCUGAUCUAUCCUCCUCAGUUUCUGUAACACCAACAGGUCACUCGUCGUAUAUUCGUCAUCAGUCAUGUACUAGUCAUAAUAGUCCAAAUCACGAAGUGUUAUCUUCAGCAUCAUCAUUGUCUUCCACACCGACAACUAUCACGACCAGUGCUAACAUGACGACAUCAACAACCACAACGACAGUAACCGUAAGUGAUCUACUUUCCAACGGUGGUAUUGAUCGUAUUUCACACUUGAAUGUCUUCAUAACAACUUGUUCAACAUGCCCUAAAUGUAAACAUUAUGUUUAUGAUGAAGAGAUAAUGGAUGGUUGGUCAACCGAUGAAGAAGAUUGUAGAACACAUUGUCCAUUUUGUAAGAAUAAUUUCAUACCGCAAUUAUCAAUCAGAAUUUUUGGUGAUACUAGUAGUGGAUAUAGUCAAUCGAUACGAUUUCAACAGCACCAGAAACAGCAACAACAAUCCAGACAACAGAAUUUAUCGUCUAUGUCUCAGUCAUCAAAUAAUUUAUCGUCUGCAUGUGCUGCUAAUUCGAAUGAGUCACUGCCAUUUUUGAAACCGCAGCCUGUAACACCACCUCAUAAUACCACUGUGGGUCUAAUGGAAAUAACUUAUUCCUACUUGAGUCCAUUUGUAAUAAGAAAAUCCUUAGAAAAUAUCAUCCAGCGUGAAGGAGAUGAAUGCCUACGCUGUCAGUCUGCUCAACAUUCUUUGCUCAAUCGUUAUCCUCAGUUAACAUGGAAUUUAGUCUGGCUGAUACAUCGUUUAGGCUUGCCAACGCAUUUACUGGAUGCUUUGCCAACGUGGUUAAUAAAUUGUCAAACAGAACAACGUAUGAAACUCAAAACCUCCCAGGGGAAUCCAUCUCAUCAGUACCAACACCAACAUGCUUGUAAUAAACAAGUGAAGAGUAUUAAUUCUACUAUAUGUACUGAUUCAUUUUAUCAAGUAAAUUUAUCGCCUAAUUUACCUGUAUACAUAUCACUACGUUGGAAUGCAGCACAUCCUGUACGCAGUGUAAUGAGAAAUCCACUUUAUAAAUAUUGGCCUAGUUAUAAGCAACCAGAUCCAAAAUCACCUUGGUCAUUGGUACCAAUGAGUCCACAAGAAACCGUAUUGCAACACAUGAAUAGCUAUCAUCAUAAUAAUAAUCUUCAUCAUAAAGUGUACUUGAACAGUAAUCCUGCCAUUUCAUUAGCAUGUUGUCCAAUUCAUGCAGCUACUUGGCACUUAAUUGAUGCUAUACGUAGAGAUCAAAUGCGAUAUGCUGUAGAUUUCCUCCUACAAAUACGUGGACAUAUACAAUGUAAUGCAGAAUUACCGUUAACCAUUAAACAGUCAUUUACACCUCUUAUAUCGUCAUCAAUGACUCAACUAGUUUCAGAUCAGGUGGAUGGUGGGGAAAUAAAGUCAACUACUGUUAAAAAUCUGCAAACUUCACAGACACAAACACUCCAACGACGACAGCAACAACAAGAACAGUCUACACAAACAAUAGACAGUAGGGUGACAAGGAAUAGAAAUCAACGACCUCUGUGUGGUGAUAUCAAAAGCUGUGCAGCAUGCUUAGAAGAUUCACUCUACCGAGAAUUAUUGUUUCUAGCUAUACAAGCAUUGUCUCGUAUGUCACUUGAUUUAAUAUCAUUUGAUGAACAGUAUAGUCAAGUGUAUCGAGCACUCAGAAGUUCUGGUCCUACCUUACUUACCGACUUCGACUUACCACCAACUCCUACUGCUUCUGCUUGUCGUCAAAUGUUACGUCCACUAACACUGAGACCCUGA